GAGGUUAUGUUUUUGUUUAGUUUGGGUUUGUUUGGCAACAGGAGAAUACCGGUCGGUGGUGCAUAGUUGAGCUCUAAAGUACAGUAGUCACAGACAAAUUCCUCGAGAUCUUUUUUCAUAAUUAUUCAGAACAGGAUAAACUUAAGUGUUGAGAUAUUUCGAAGCAGAUAGAUUUUUACUUACGUUGUUCAGAAGAUUUUAAAAAUGGUCAAAAUUGCUGUUGUUACAGGAUCUAAUAAAGGGAUAGGCUUUGCAAUUGUGAAGGGAUUGUGUGAAAAUUUUCAUGGAACCGUUUACUUGACAGCAAGAGAUGAAGCCAGGGGAAAGUCUGCUGUUGCUGAACUAAACAAACUGAAUUUGAAGCCAGAGUUUCAUCAGCUCGAUAUAACUUCAAAGGAGAGUAUAGCCAAGUUCGCAGAUUUCAUCAAAAACAAGCAUGGCGGUUUGGAUGUAUUAGUUAACAAUGCUGCAAUCGCCUUCAAAGUAGCAGCAACUGAGCCAUUUUCUGAACAAGCCGAGAAGACUGUGCGAGUAAACUAUUUCGCUACUCUGGAUGUUUGCAACGCUUUGUUUCCAUUGUUGAGGACCAAUGCUCGGGUCGUCAAUGUAUCUAGUUCUGCUGGACAUGUCAGUCGUAUACCAGGCAAGGCGUUGCAGGAACGGUUCAAAGAUCCUGCCCUAACGGUAGACAAGUUGAGUGAACUCAUGAAUGAGUUUGUCAGCGCGGCAGCAGAAGGUCGUCACAAGGAGCAAGGGUGGGGGGAGAGUGCAUACGCAGUGUCCAAGGUAGGUGUGAGUGCACUGACGAGAGUGCAUCAACGACAGUUCGACAGUGAUUCUCGUCAGGGAAUUGUCGUCAACUCCGUACAUCCUGGCUACGUAAGCACUGACAUGUCUAGCCACAAGGGCCCUCUCACUAUUGAGGAAGGAGCCGCAGCACCUCUCUACCUGGCUUUGCUGCCUGAGACCGCAGAUGUGCCCAAGGGUCAGUAUGUGUGGUGCGAUUCAACAAUACGCAACUGGACCGAUCCCCAAAUGUAGUAUUUAACAGAACUACGAAAAACUCUCUACCUUUUGUGAAACUUACCGCUGGACUUUGUUGAGACAACAUUUACUGAUUUACUGUAAUUCGCAUUUUUUUAGCAUGAUUGCAUAGUUUCAUGUCUACUUAAGUAACUCCGAUUAAUCAAUUUUUUCAGUGAUAGUUUGCUUCACCUCCUUGUUUACCUAGGUGUUAAAAUUCAACAAUCAUAGUUAUAUCAGUUUGUACUGUAUUAAAAGCCACAUAAUUCAUACGGGAAUGAAUCAGAAAAGCUCAAGAUUUUUACUUUUUUGUAAGUUAGUGAGUUGCUUUUAGUAGGUAUGUACAUCCUUGAUAUUAAAAUCCAUUUUUAGCCCCUGAGCUGUGAUAUUAAUUAAAAAUAGGUAUUUACCUUCGUCUACAGCUCAAUCUGUUGUAACUUGAGUUACGGCCGUUUCAACUAUGACGACGCUACUUCAGCUGAAUGUUCAACGUCUGACGAUGGCAUUAUAAUGCCGAAACGGCCGUAACUCAAGUUACAACAGAUUGAGCUGUAGACAAAGGUAAAUACCUAUUUUUCAUCCUUGAUAGUUUGGCCCUCGAUAAAAUCGGGCUUGAUUACAUCUCUAAAAAAACUUUAGCCUAAAAGAAAUUGUAUGUAUGUAGAGUAAUUUCAUACUGAAGUACAGUAAAAAAUGGAACAAUUAUUAUUACUGCCACUACUGGUACACUUAAUAAUUACAUACAUUAAAUUAAUUAAUGUCUGCUCCUAAUAGUCGAGUAUUAUUUAGUAGUAGAGUAAUUAAUAAAGCGCAACUCCAAACUGCACUACUACAGUACAGCCAAGUGGAUACAAUUCACGGAACUCACAUUUUAUGUGUAGUCGCCAUCCACUCAUUAAAAAAUGCCAUGCUUCUAGUCUGUGGUUAUGUUUAGUUGUUAUUUUUGCCAAAACAUUGGGUUUUUCACACUCACUUAUAGUAACUCUUUGUCAUAAUUGCCUAUCGAUGCUCCGGCCUUUUCUUAAAUUAAAUCCAGCCACCUGUUUACACGGGGCUAUCGAGGUUCUACUUUAGCAAAAUAGGUUAAUGUUUUUGUAUUCAAUAAUUGAUAAUUAUAUUUAAAUACCUCCUGUGAUAUGUUUGUAAUAGAAAUACAUGAUUAUUGGACCACUG